AUGCACAUUAUAUUAACCGCUAUCAGCAGGACUUUAAAACCUAUUUUAGAAUAAGAUCCAUUAGAAGCUCGUCAUACCUGUGUUCAUCAGCCAUGCAUUAGAACAAUUAGAAACUAUUGCUGCAAAGAUCACCUUAGACAAUGCCCAAGACUAUAAGACUAUGCAAAUGAUAAAGAACGCUAUACAUGGUGUUUAACUGCGAUGAUCCCUCUAUUAAGUAGAGAAGAGCAAGAUCCUUUUAAAGAAAAUGACAUAAAUCAAAGAUGGCAGAAGGCCAGAAUUAAAAUACAACAAGUAGAGUGA